GUUCUUGGCAAUCUUUGGUUGAAACUCGGUACUUUAAAUUCUAGGCAUCUUAGGCAGUUUUUGCUCCACCUCUGUUCUUGAUUUUUCACACAGGCGAGAAGCUCGAGCCCCAAAAUUUUGGAAAAAGCUUCAAAGCAGCCCAAUUCCAAGGGGAGCAGUUCCAUAACUGAAUUUGGAACCGACAUCCUAAGAAAAAUAUAGUUCCGAUAAAUAAGAGGAGCACGCCACUGUUCUCCUUGCCGUCAAGAUAUAGAGCCACUCAACAGAGAAAUUAACAAUGGACAUGGCAUCUGAAAAUGCACUGGACAAGUUGAGGCAGGGAUUCGAGCACUUCAAGAAGGAAGUUUAUCAACAACAACCUGAUACCUUCCAACAACUUUCACAAGGGCAGAGCCCCAAGUACAUGGUGUUUGCUUGCUCAGACUCCAGGGUGUGUCCUUCUAACAUAAUGCAACUACAACCAGGGGAAGCUUUCAUGGUUCGAAACAUAGCAAACAUGGUGCCUCCAUACGACCAGACAAGAUACGGCGGGGUUGGAGCUGCUCUAGAGUAUGCUAUUUUACAUCUCAAGGUGGCGAAUAUAAUAGUAGUUGGACACAGCCGCUGUGGAGGUAUCAAGGGCCUCAUGUCCAUUAAAAGUGAUGGCAGCACCAGCAGUGAUUUCAUUGAAGAAUGGGUGAAAAUAUGCGCCUCUGCGAUGGAGAACGUGAAAGCUCACCAUGCCAACCUAUCCUUUGCUGAACAGUGUACCAAAUGUGAAGUGGAAGCAGUGAAUGUGUCUCUAAACAACCUUCUCUCCUACCCUUUUGUUAAGCAAGCCCUUGCUAACAAAAGCCUUACCUUGUAUGGGGGUUACUACAAUUUUGUGGACUGCUCACUUGACCUGUGGGAAGCUAAUCAGAAGUGAGCAUGAGCACUGUGAAGUAUUGGGAAGAUGGAGGACGACCAACUUCCACAAUUUUGUUGCUUUUUUUUUUCUGAAGAUUGCAGAAGUGAGCAUGAGCAGCGUGAAGUGUUGGGAAGAUGGAGGACGACAUACUUCCACAAUUUUGUUGCUUUUCUUUUCUAGAUUUCAGAAAAAUGAUGCUGUUAUCAUUUGACUAAUAAUAUCUUACGUAUUGAUCAACAAAAUGAAAACAUAUGAUGCAGAAAAGGCCAUCUGACAUAAUGCUUCUC